AUGCCUUCCGGAGAAGCCUUUGAUCUGUACGCUGAUGAUGAUGCUCCUCUAAGCAAAAAGAGAGCGAGCAGAAGGCAUCCUGGGGAGGGCAGCAGCGAUCCUGCUAGGAAGAAGGCUCGAGCAGAGGAUCCUCCAACACCCCAUGUUGCGCCCACUCCUUCUAUGAAUAUGACGCCUCUUCCCCCUCCUCGCAAUAACCUUCCUCCCGAGCAGGCAAGGAAACCUUCAACAAAUGACCUGCUGAGUGUCGCCAACGCCACUCAGGAGAGGAUACAAAGGCUUUCAUGGGUAUCCUCACAAUGGGGCAUGGCUACUGCUGAGCUGAGGAGAAAGGCUAAAUUUGCUGAGGAGGUCAAGGCGGUCGAGGCCAGAUAUGCCGAGAAGCUGAAAGCGGCCGAGGAGAAAAGUGCUAAACUGGGCGAGGAGCUGAAGAACCAUCAGGAGGCAUUGGUUAAAAUUACUGAGGCCAAGGAAAAGUAUAAGGAGGCUUCAGCGUUGAAUUUUAAAGAGGCCUCCAAACUUCAGGAUGACCUGGUGAUCAGCAGGAAAGAAACCGACGAGCAGGAGGAGCGCGCUAAUUGGCUCGAGGAAGCCAAUGCUCGCAACCUGGAGAAAUAUAAGGGAGCAGCAUUCAAAUGCUUCUACCUAUUCUGGAAGAGCAACCCACGGGAUAACUUUGACUACCUCCCAGAGCAUAUGAAGCAAGCUGAACUGGCCAAGUGUGCUGCUCGCCUGGAAGAAGAGAAGAAAGUUCAGGAGUCUCCUGAGAUUUCUUUGGCGACGAACAUUGAAGGCGCCGAAGAGGAUGCUGAGACCACAAUCGAUUAG